GCAGACAUCAUUUAUUUCUACAGAGCAAUUUCAAAUUUGUUUUUAAAGCACAGUGUAAUUAUAGGGAUUUAACUAGAUACCAAAUAUAGGCACAUGUCUUUUUCCAUAUCUGAAGUCUUUGGGGAUUUUCAACUUUGACAACAGUAAAGUCUGAAAACACAGGUAACCAACUAUUUGAUCUCCAACAAGUUGCCCUGAAGACAGUAAGCAGUCAAGCGUGACCAACGAAGGCACUAUUACGCGAACGUACGACCGUGAUUAACCCCUAUUACGAGCAUGACGGAAAAUCAACUACUUCCGAAGAGCUAGCUUUUUCUCCAGAGUGAUCGGCGAACUCGUCAACGAAAAAAGCUCAAGCGCAACUAACAUCCAGCGAAGCCUGUUCGUUAUCAAGUUCACGAUUACAGCUCUCCGGGGUGCAUCGUCUACAAUACAACACAUAGAACCAGAAACAGAAUGGAAAAAAACAUUUUAAUUUAAAAGAUUCUUUCAAUGAGGAUUUUACAAAUAACUUCAGCUAUUAAGGCCAUCGUCGAUGUGAUUUGAUUUCUGUUAUUUUUAUAUAUUUAUUUAUUGAGUGAUAUUUUUAUCUAUUAUGGAAUUUACACAAAUCUUCAAGACUUAUUUGCUUACCCUCUUCAUAUCCACGUGCACAAGUUAUUCACAAUGGCAAAAUAAGCUUACACGACAUCCAAUUAAUCGAUGGAAUCCGUCCAGACCCUGGCAACCAGGUGUCUCGAGAAAUCAACACGUUUCAGGAAUAAAAAGUAAGGCGCACGUGCCUGGUAUCCAAGGAAGUGUUCCAGCAGAUAUCCAUGUGCUUGGAGACCCUAAUGUUGACAAAGUGCUAGGAGUUAGACUAUCUACCCCUGAAAAUAUUUAUAAUGUUGAACUUCAAAGGGUGAAUCAUAAUUUGUUUCACGAGGAUGUUCGAUAUUUAUCAGUAUCUGUGGACAAAACAGGAAAAACUAUAUUCAAGGAAGAAUAUAAACCAGUUGAUUUACAUAAAAUAGCCAAAUCCAUGAAUUUUUACCACGACAUUAAUUCAGGAACUUUUUUAAACAUCCGAUCUCAUCGCCUUGGUGGAUCUACACCCAAUCAUACCUACGUAGAAGGAGUGUUGUUUGACGAACUAAUGGUUGCACCUCCAAAUGCCGGACGACGCCACAAGAGAGAUUUGUUUGCAGUCAAACACACAUUGUGGAAAAAGGAUAAAGAAGACUCUGAAUUCGGAUAUGAUACUUUAAAUGUUCCUGAUUAUGUUGACAAACUAAAAGUACAUGUACAAGAGAAAACCAAACAGCAAAAAAGUCAUCGACGAAAAAAGAGACAGUACAGAUCUCCGAGGAUAGAACCAGAAUUACUGUUGUUUGUAGAUCAUGCACUCUUCCGAGCCUUUGAAGGAGACUCGAAUGAAUUACUGGAAUAUCUACUUCAUUUCUGGCAUGCAGUAAAUUGGAAGUAUUUGACAAUCACUUUAGCAGGACAAUGGCCUGUUAUCGAUUUGAAAAUCAGGGAAAUUGGUGUUUUUAAAGAACCAAAUGCUCAACCAUUCAUCGAGAACAGUCGUAUAUACAAAGGGAGUAAGCUUUUCUCCUUGUAUGAUGCCAUGGAUAGUCUGCAGAAAUGGUUGAUACGAUACGAGAAUGUUUUACCUGUACACGAUAUCACAUUUUUGCAAACUGGAGAAAACGCUUGUCGUAAAGUCAAGCACCGCGAUACCAUUACUCCAUUCAGUCCAAACGUUUUGACAGCCAUUAGACAAGGAAUGCCUAUCUCAUCCAUGGAUGGACCGAAAGACUCUAAUGAAUGUGUUAAAGGAACUGCAGGUGUGGCCUAUGUUAGAGGAGCAUGCCUGUCGGCUCCAUUGUUACGUGGCAGUGCCUUCAAUUUUGGUAUUGGGGAAGCUUCUACCAGUUUCAACGGAGUCAUCAUAGCAGCACACGAAGUUGGGCACCUUCUGGGGGCUUACCAUGAUGGGGAGUCCGAGGCCAGCACUUGUUCCUCUUCCUCUGGAUUCAUCAUGAGCUACACAAGAGAUGAUUCGUUUAAAUUUAGCAGAUUCUCAGAAUGCUCAAUUCGAAGUUUCCAGAAUUUUCUCAGAAUGGACAGAUCUUCGUGCUUAAUGCAGAGAUCCAGUAAAGAAAGUUUACAAUUUCCAACCACUUUUCCUGGAAAAUACAUGACAUUACACGAACAGUGUAGACGUUUUACUGGAGGUCCACCUUGUGAAGAGGGACCAAAACAGUGUGAACAUUUAUGCUGUGAUGAUCGUCAGGGAGAAUGGAGAUACACGCGAUCCGAGCCUGCAGUAGACGGUACAGCGUGUGGCAAGGCAAAUGUUUGUCUAAAUGGUCAAUGUGUAGCGCUGGAAUCCAUUGGUUAACGGUUGAGGGUUUUAAUUUAAAAUUGUGGUGACAUUCUACAAAAUAGUGCUCCAGGCCAUGUUGAUACUAGUCUUGGAAAGUGAAGGAUCAUCGUCUCAUUAUUUCAGAGGAUUUCAUGAUUUUUAAUUAUGAAAACAUGUGCAAUUUUCCUUCAGGAUUACAGAUCUUCAAGCAUAGGCCUUUGGUUACUCAAGACACUUUUUAAGAGAGUGAUAUGAGAUCCACCGGUUUGUGUUUGCCUGUCAAGAAUGCUUCACUUUCAGACGAACUAACGUUCUCUACUUCAUUUAUUCGUGUAAAUUCUAGCUAUUGAAAUUCUGCAUGGAUAUUUAUAGUGGAAUUAUUGAAUUUCAUCAGAUAGACGAUGUACUGGUGUUUAUUUGAUGGGUUAAGUCACUUUCAACUUACUGUGUGCCAAAGAAUGCGAUAUUUACUGCUUCACUGUAUGAUUUAAAUGUGUUCGUGCAAAAACGUGGUACCAUUUAAGUAAUUCAAAAAUUUUGUUUAGGUAUUUGAUAAUAUAUUUUGCAGUGAAUGACACGGCUUAGGUUUCCUACUAUGUUGAAAAUAUCAUUUAUUAUAUUGUGUGUAUAUACAUACCACUAAUUUACUAAUAUCCCCAUGCAAAAAAAUAUACUGUGGUUUUUUAAAACACAUACAUUAAGAGAAACAUUCUUUUAUAUUACUUUUAUGAAAACUUUAUGAAAUUUUAUCUUUAAAAAAAAUUUAAUUUUUUUCAUAACCUCAUGAGACAAUAUUUAUAAAAAGAUGAUUUGCAUUUAUUCGUGUCUAUCACAGGUAAAAUGUUCACUUGAUUGUCUUAAAAAUACAUUAUUUGUUAUUCUGAACUGACCUUUCCAUUAGCUAACAGGCACCUGUGAUUAAUUUGUUCGAGACAGUAACGAAAUAUUUUGUCACGAUUAAGUAACUCCUCGACAGGACAAUGUUAAGAGAAAAAAAAAAUCAAUCGAUUCACAUUAUGACAAUUGUCACAUUUCAAUGCUUAUUUAUUAUCUGUUAUACUUUGUUUACAAUGGUGAUGUAAAAAAUAAAACUUAAAAU